AUGGAUUAUUUCCAGGUGAAAAGUGACUGGGUGCAAAGACUGAAGAAAGAUCUAGUAAAUGCUCAAAAAUCCAGAAAAGUAGCAUCUGCAUCUCUGAGGAUGGCUCUACGGAAAGCUGCGCAGCUCCGAUUGAUAGAGAAAGAAAAGAACAAAAGUCCUUCUUGUGCUAUGCGCAUCUCUUUGCAAAUUAAUAAAGUAGUUUGGAGCAUGCUUGUGGACGGAAGAUCAUUUGCUGAAGCUGAGAUAAAUGAUAUGAUAUAUGAUUUUGACCGUGAUUACAAAGAUGUUGGGGUUGCUAAAUUCACAACAAAAUAUUUUGUUGUGAGAAACUGCUACCCAAAUGCCAAGUAUGAUAUGCUUCUAUCAGCACGGAAUCCUCCUACUAAAUGGGAAAAGUGUUGGUACUUUUCUACUGGCUCCUCUAAUGUACAUCUACAAAUUGCAAAAAUUGAAUUUGAUUGUGUUGGAGACAACCUUGCAUCUGCGACCAUUUCUGAGUACCUUGACACAGCUUGCUAUACCAGACUCUCUUUCUCUGGUCCACUUAGCUUGCUCCUUUCUUUUCUAAAAGUGGCCUUCUGCACUUAA